AUGGAUGACGCUAUUCGGUGGUGGUGUGCCACAGAAGUUGACCCUGACACGAAAGAAGUGAUCGAAUCUAAAUGGAAACAUUGUGAGACUGAAGAGAAUGGAGGUAAUGAUGGUGGACGACCCUGUGUCUUCCCCUUUGUGUACAAAGGCCAAACCUUCAACACCUGCAUCAAUAAAGGUGCAAAGGAUUACUGGUGUGCAACAACAAGGAACUAUGACAAGGAUGGGAAAUGGAGCUGGUGUGCUGAUACCAAAUAUGGAGGGAACGCCAAUGGCCAGCCCUGUGUCUUCCCCUUCACUUACAAGAGCUGGACAUUCUAUACUUGCAGCAAUGAAGAUGAUCCACUUGGGAGGUUCUGGUGUGCCACUACGGGGGACUAUGAUAAGGACCAGAAGUGGAGCUAUUGUGCCGAGACCCGACUGAGUACAAGACCUACAGGGCCUUGUGUCUUUCCUUUCAUCUACAAAGGAAAAUCCUAUAUGUCUUGUACAACUGAUGGGGAAUCCAAAGGAAAACUUUGGUGCUCUCUGACCAGCAACUAUGAUGAAGACCAAAAAUGGAUAUACUGUACUGUGAUCUUUCAGGUAGGGAGACAAUAGAGGGAAGGAAAGGUUAAUCCAGCUUUUUGGGUGGGAUAUCCACUUGUUGUUGGGAACAGUUAAGAAUGGGAAGAACAAGAGGAUGGGUCAGAUUGAUUCAGUAUGAUGGAUGAAAAUUAUCUCUUAUUUUCUGGCCCCAGUUUUCAGAAUGCCAGAUGGUUUCGUAGAAGUACUCCAGGAUAAUUAACAGGUUAAUCAGCCUCAAAUUGGUAUCCCCUUAACACAGGAGUCAUGAAGUUGCCACAGAACCUUGAAAUCACUUUGAAGAAAUGCAGUUUGAUAAGCAAUGCUGGGAGAUCUCAGCACUUAUACUUCCAUCUUAUAUUUCUUUACUUUUUGUCAUAGUCGCAAGGAUAGUGUUGCACACCACCCAAAUCUCUGAGUUGUGCAAGCUUCCUGGGAUUCCAAGUGCCUACCCAGGGUUCAUAUUUCCUUUUGUAAAUGAGAAAGUGGUGUCUUUAUGAUAUAUGGUUUAUUUCCAUAUAUAUGCAACUUGAGCCUACCUGGAGUGAUUUGCAGCAGUAACACCCCAAAAGGGUCCUGUUUGUCCCAAAGAGACAUGAAACAUUGCUCUCUGACCUUUCUCCAGCU